GUCGCCGCGACUCUCGAGAGAGAGGAGCAGAAAAGAAAAGUGUGUGUCUAUCUGUCGGUGCUGCUGGUGCUUGGUGCAUCUGCACGCAAAAUUAUCAGCACCUUCUCACUCAGCUGACCUCGGGUCCUCGGUCAACCUCACCGAAAGAGUUGUCGGGUCGGUCCGGAGAGUGCGUAAAGCUAACCCGGAGCUAUUACGUCUACGUAACCUAUAGGCCUGUGGUGUGUGUGUGUGUGUGUGUGUGUGUGUGUGUGUGUGUGUACGUGGAUACGUUUUUGUAUCAUCCGCGACGAAGAGAGGGGCAAAGAGUGAUUAGAGAGAGCCCACACAGCUGCAGAAGCAGUGGAGAAAGAACGUCUUCGAGAAUCUAUAUAGUGUUCGAUAAACUUGAGACGCGGGUGUGUCAAUCGUACAAUUAUCGGAUUGUCGCUCUGCUUUUGGAGCAGAAGGAAAACAGUAGGCCCAUAUACGUGGUGUGUUUUUAAAAAUGUAUACACAUAAUAAAUACAUUCUGCUCCUCCUCCUCCUCUGAGUAUAUUUAAGUAUUAUACAGUGGAAGAAAGAGUAAGAGAGAUAUAGGGCUUGGUGUGUGCGACGUCGCCGUCGUCUUGAAGAAGAGGAUCAGCAAAGUAUCUAGUUUUCUGUCCUUCAACAAAUAUCGGAGCGUCCAGCGAAUCAGUAAUCAGUACCCUAUACAUACUUAUGGGGUCAGGCAGCGGUGCCGAGGUGGCUCAGCAGCUAAGGAAGAAGCAGCAGCAGGCAGCGGCGGCGGCCCACCGUCAGCAGCAGCCUACUCCUCGUUACCGCUAAGGUUCGAGUGCCACUGAGGAGAUCAUACACAAGGUGGUUUCCCAAGAUAUCGCCGUAAGCAGAUUAUUGAAGUGAAAAUCAACAAAGUGCAAUGUCCCUGGAAAACAGAUCAAGCUCGGCCCUGUUCAAAAGGGCUGAGCAGCUGAAAAGGUGGGAGCAGUCAGAAACCAACAAGGAGCCACCGGAUCCACAAAAGAUCUCGAGGAAGAUAAAGUUUUCGGCGGAUUGCGUUUUUCUGGCCGCCUGCUCUGCCGGGGAUAAGGACGAGGUUGUCAGGCUACUGCAAAAAGGGGCAGACAUCAAUACCGGAAACGUCGAUGGUCUCACGGCAUUGCACCAGGCCUGUAUCGACGAUGACCUGGACAUGGUGGAAUUUUUGGUGGAACAGGGCGCGGACAUCAACCGGGGUGACAACGAGGGCUGGACGCCCCUGCACGCGACCGCCUCAUGUGGCUUCAUAUCCAUCGCCAAAUACUUGAUAGAGCAAGGCUGCAACUUGGCGGCGGUGAACAACGACGGCGAGCUCGCCCUCGACAUCGCGGAGAGCGACGAGAUGGAGGAGCUGCUCCAGGAUCACAUCAACAAAGCAGGGAUCGACUGCGACAAGGCGAGAAGCGAGGAGGAGAGGUUGAUGCUGAGCGACGCGCGAGCCUGGAAAUCUGGGGCACCCGGCAAGGAUACCGUGCACCCGCGAUCCGGAGCCACGGCCCUUCACGUCGCUGCCGCCAAGGGUUAUACUACGGUUAUGAAUAUUCUGCUGCAGGCCCGGUGUGACGUCAAUGCGAGGGAUAACGACGGAUGGACGCCUCUACACGGUGCGGCGCAUUGGGGCCAGAUUGAGUCCUGCAAGCUCUUGGUGGAUAAUUACUGUGAUAUGGAUAUUAAAAAUUAUGCCGGCCAAACUGCUUUUGACGUAGCUGAUCCUGACAUCGUCAAGGCUUUGGAGGAAUUGAAGAAAAAGCAAGAGGUUCUGUUGAAGGAGCAUCCGCAAAUUAUCAACAAGCCAAUAGCGGUACCAAAGAAACGUGUAUCAACAAAUGAGAAUUUAGUUAUUGAUCAAAAGGGAAUAGAUACGUUCGAGGAGGAGACACCAAACAAAGUUAAGAAAGUCGAACUGGAAAUUCAAUCCGACAAAGAAGAGUCGAGCGUUGGAACGAAUAGUGACGUCGAAGAGGGAGUCGAUACGGACGUGGAGGAGGCAAGCGAAGGUGAGAGUGAAUCUGAGACUAGCUCAGAUACACAGUCCUCCACGUGUUCUGAACAAUCUAAUAAAUCAAAUCGUUCAAACAACUCGACUUGUCUUACCGACGACGAAAAGAAAAAUAGGGCGAAUCGCGAGGAAACGGCUUCUUACAGUCCCCAGCCAUCGCCCGAGGUGAACAAAGUUCCUAACCAGGCACCCGUUGUACCACCGAAACAACAGUCUGAGAACAACGACGAGGGCUCCAUACCCUCGUGGCGAAGGUCUGGUUCGUUCAGGAAUCGCGGCCAUGAGAUGGAGUCUACUAAUUCAAUAUCCACUAGGAUUGAAGAACGCGAAAAACCUUUAAUAAAGACACCGACGUCACCCAUAAAAGCUCAGGAAGAACCAGAAGUUGUGCUCAGAAGAACACAUAGCUUUGAAACGGAUGAAAAGAAAAAAGACAUCAAAUUGAAUUUGGAACUGUCGCCAGUACUACAAACAAAUAGUACGCAACAAUCGCCAACGGGUGGUGUGCCGAACAAGUCGUUGCCUACGACACCAGUCACUGGUCUAAACUCCAGCAGUCCUCUACCCGCCAACCAAAUUCGCAGCUUAUCGAGCUCGGUUCAAGUAUCGCCGACGACACUGUCUGCUACGAACAAUUCAAUGACAGUACCUGCGACUCCUACCACACCCGGUGGGAGCAAGCUAAGCCCAGGGAAUAUCUUCAAAAAUUUCUUCAAGUCGUUCGUGCCGCCGGUUCGUGACGAGGAGAGCGAGACGCAGCGCAAAGCACACGCCAAACGCGUCCGCGAGACCAGAAGGUCGACCCAGGGUGUCACCCUCGACGAGAUCAAGAGCGCCGAGCAGCUCGUCAAAAAGAAACAGCAGCAGAGCAACGACGUCGGUGUCACCAGUACCACUGUUCCUGCUCCUACCACUACUACCACUGCGCAGUCCUCGUCGGCAACCACCACGACAACGGCGACACUGUCGAGCGCAACGACGACGACGACGGCGACAGCAUCAACGACGACGGCCUCGAUCACGGCGACCAUCACAACUGCCGUCCCGACGACGACGCCGAGCUCCCACAAGCCAACUUCCUCGGAGGUGGAGUCUACAAGCGGUGGUGGUAGCAACUUGCCGGAACGCCGGCCCUCGUGGAGGCUCAAAGUCGACGGCGGCAGCAAGUUCCAGCUCGAGGACGCGAACAACAGGAACAACAACAGCAUCAACAGCAUCAACAGCAGCAACAGCAACAACAACAACAACAAUAACAAUAACAACGUGGCCGUGGCAUCGGACACGACGACCGCGUACAUAAGGCGGCCGACCGGCAAUAAUGCACCCAACGCCCCGAGGCCCAGCUCCGCGCCGGUUGACGGGGUCGCGACGGUGCCCACGACGACGACGACCGAGGCUACGGUUACCCUGCCUCUCAGACGACCGGUCAAGCCGCCCGAGGACAAAGAACAAGACAAGGAAAACGACAGUCGGAAUGCACAGGCGACCCAGGCCGUCAUCCAGAGGAGGCGGAGACCAAAAAGACGCUCCACCGGCGUCGUCCACGUCGAUAUGGACGAAAUCGACCCGGAGAAGCAGGACACACCAACGAGCGGCGAGACCGACGCCGACACCAAGGUCAAUCACAACGAGAGCGGGCACGAGCGCUCGGGCCGUUCGAGCAGGCUGGGCUCGGCCUCGUCCCUGAGCUCCGAGAGCGGGGCAUCGUCGACCCGGGCCAAGGCGGCCGCGUCGGAGAACGGCGAGCUGGACUACAAGAAGCUGUACGAGGAGUCGCAGGUGGAGAACGAGCGGCUGCGCGAGCGGCUCCGCAAGUCGGAUGAGCAGCUGCGCGAGACCCAGACUAUGCUGGACAAGGCCCAGAACAAGUCGGCCAUGUCGGAGACGGAGAAGCGCGAGCGUCGCGCCAUGGAGAGGAAACUUUCCGAGAUGGAGGAGGAGCUCAAGAUCAUGGAAACACUCAAAUGCGAGAACCAGAGGCUAAAAGACGAAAACGGCGCCUUGAUCCGGGUAAUCAGCAAACUGUCGAAAUAGUCGAGAUCGCGCCGCAACUUGUGCUCGCCCCCUUCGCCCUCCUCAUACGUUCAAGUGUAAUAGCCCGCGACGAACUUUGCGACCCAUAUCGUUGUCGUCGUCUCGUUCUCGGGACAAUUGUGUUUAACGUUAGAAGGAGAAGAAACGACUGCUGAUCCGACAUACUUGCACGCCCUCAUUAUCCGUGUAGUUUCGCGAGUUUCGAUUCUGUUUUAGUCGUUUGUACAACAAUGAUGAUGAAAUAUAUACAUUUAUACAUAUUUAUACUUGAUACGAGCAACAGUACGAGGCAAAUUUC